UUUUCAGGUUGGGCUCUUAUGAACAUGACUAGGCUUCCUCAUCCACUUCUGCGAAUCAUUUGACCAAAGAGAAAUGGAUUGGGUCCAUUGCAAUGCAUGUUAUCGUCAGCCAGAUGAUCCUGAUUGUACUCCUGUGCACAUGACAGAUUGCAGUCACCUGUUCUGCAACCUUUGCUGGCAGAAACAUACACAUGCACCAGGAAAUGGAGGAUCUCCUGUCUUUGUAUGUCCUGAGUGUAGAAAACAUGCAGCUACUUACCCUCUCACCAGCCAAACAGGUGGUCGACCGCGACGUCUCUGCCAAAGCAUAACCACAACAGCAUCAGAAUGCUUCCGCACUCUCAUGGAAGCCAUUGAAUUCCAGAAGACCCAUAGUCAUCACCUUUUUAAGCAAAAUAAAGAUAAGAUAAAUUUGCUGAAAGGAAGGAUAAAUGUCAUGAUGGCAGAAUACCAGAAGUUGAGGGCAGAGAAGCAGGCAACCGAUAAGAAGCUCUUAGCAUCAGAACAGCGUCUUGUUGAAGCUAGUGGGGAGAAGCAAGAAACUGAACAUAAGCUUCAUGUUACACAGAAACGCCUAAUGGAAGUUGAAGAAGAACUGCAGAAGCUACGCAGAGAGAAUGCUUCCUUCCUGCAAAGGUUAUCUGCAAUUGCUUCAACACAAGCCCAAGUGCACCCCCAAGCCACAUACACUUCAACGUAUUCCUGCCCUCAGUCUCGUGAUUCCACACCAGCUCUACAGAUGACUUCUUACCAGAAACCUUCAAGUGUUGAGAUGCAGUCACUGAGGCACAGCCAUGCCCCAGUGAUCUCCCAUGGGCCAUAUGGGGGGAGUGGGAGGCAUACAAAUGAUGGCACUGUGCACAGGCCUUCUCCACUAGAUGCUAUCAGGCAGAAAAGCUUUUCACCAAGUACACCAGGGGUUGGAAGUUCCCUUCAUAGUAUCUCUCCAAAUCGAGGGAGUGCUCACCUGCCUAUCUCAGACAUCUCGCUAUUGAGUCAACUCCAAGAAAAUGUGGUUCAGACAGACCUGAAUGAAAACUGUGCAGUGGGAUCAUACACAUGGACUGUCACGAUGGCAGUUUUCGAAACAUCAAUGCAUCAACCUGAACUAUCAAUGGUGUAUCGAUGCAUCGAGGUGGUGGGGAGGGAUGCUGGAUGA